AUAUUCAUUGUUGCCGCAGACAAUUGAAAUUGGAGGCGUGCUGUGCUUAAGUAUGCUGUGAUAUUGUCCAACGGUUUUUAUUUUGUACACAACAACUGCGCUCAGAGCAGAUUUCUGGUGCCUAUUUCGCAGUGUUUUGGUUACGGUACCUGUGCGCCUUCGUGCGCUCUUCGAAAGCAAAGUGCUUCUGCGAAAGUAGAAAUCUGAGAGCGAAUGGCAGGCGAUCAGCCAAAAAAAAGGCAGUUUUGGUUUUGAAUAACAUUUGUGGAUGUGUGGACGCAUAAAUUUGAGGAAAUAUUUUGUUUUUCGGAACAGGUAAAGAGAAACUAUGUAUGGAGGCAGAAACUAGUUUUCACUUGCAGCAUCUAAACAAGUCUCUGUCUUGAUAAUUCAGUUUAUUUUGAAUCUUCGAACUGCAUGUGUUGGCAGUGACCUCGCGGAGAAAUGAAUUCGAUUUAAAGUGAAAUAAAAAAAAAACAUAUAAGAUGAUGUGUGAAUCGGAAAGCAACAAACUCUCGUCUAUAACUGGCCUUGAUAAUAGUAAAAAAUUCUUGAACAAAACAUUGCAAGAUUACGAAGUAAUUUCAGUGAUCGGGAAUGGUGCAUUUGGUACUUGCUUUAAGGUGCGCGAUAAGGCAACCAGUGAACUAUAUGCUUGGAAAGGCAUUGACUAUGAAGAGUUGAGUGAGAGCAAGAAGGAGUCGCUUGUAUCUGAAAUUAGUGUACUAAGUCAAUUGCAGCAUCCUAAUAUUGUACAGUACUACCACCAUUUGGUGAACUAUGAGGCCAAAUCAAUAUUUAUUGUUAUGGAGUGCUGUGAAGGUGGUGAUCUAGCGCAACUUAUUACAAAAGCGCGCACUGAGUGUAAACGUUUCGAAGAGAAGUAUAUUUGGCGCGUACUGUUCCAAAUUUGCAAAGCACUACAGGUUUGCCAUAAUAAAAUUAAACAGGGUACAAUUUUACAUCGGGAUAUUAAGCCAGCAAAUAUUUUUUUGGAUGCUGAAGGCAACGCAAAACUAGGCGAUUUCGGUUUGGCACGUAUGUUGCGUCGUAACGAAAACUUUGCAAAAACAUUUGUUGGGACACCCUACUACAUGAGUCCAGAGCUAAUUAAAGGUUCAAAAUAUGAUCGGAAAUCCGAUGUAUGGGCCGUGGGUUGUCUCAUAUAUGAAAUGUGUGCUUUGCGUACUGCAUUCAGAGGACAGGAAUUUUCGCAGCUCUCAACAAACAUAACAAAUGGUAAUUUUAAAGAUAUUCCUGCGAUAUACUCUACGGAUUUACGUGAAAUUAUCGCCUUCAUGCUUAAAGUUGAUAAUACAGAAAGACCUAGUAUUGAAAUAAUUAUCAGACAUCCGAUUGUAGUGCGCAAUAUAAGCGAUCUGGGUAAUGAGUUUCCAAAAUUAAUAGAAAUUGAGCAAGACUGUUAUGCCGUAGUGAAUGGCGAAGCCCGUUGUAAACUGCAAUUCAGUCCAUUGGCAGAUCUAUCGAGCACUUUAUUUUCAGAACAAAAUAGCUUUAAUGAGGGUUAUGGUCAACGACGACUCAGUUUGACAGGAGCGUUUACACCUGAUUUACGUGAAGAGUUAUUUUAUUCAGCUAGGCGUAGAAUAUUAACAAAAUCAAACAUAAUACAACAAUCAGAUCCGGAAUUGUACGAAAGCAUACGCCGAGACGAUUAUGCUACUAUCGAUGAUACUAUUAAAAUUACGGCAGCUACAACUGCUAUAACACAAAAACCAACUACUCUUACUGAAAACGUUUUCGAUAAGAUCUUGCAGGACCGCUUGCAUGCUAUACGUGCACAGGAAUCGUUGCUUAAACAAAAGGAAUUGAGUUUAGAUGAAAGAGAACAACGUUUAAAUGAAAGAGAGAAAAAAUUACAGCAAAUGGAACAAGAUCUACAGCAAAGACUCAACCACGCCGAGACUAAAACACCAAUAUUGCUUACAACUGCACCCACUAAAAAACAAAUCCCUGCAAUUAAUAAUUCAACUGAACGAUCCCGUAUGCCCCUACCAACGGAGUGCACAAGUAUAACAAAAAGUAUUUUUGUUGAUCCAACACCACCACCUGUACCACCACGCAAAAGCUCCAAACAUGAUGACACAUACUGCACAAUCGAACCCAAUGAUACAAUACUACAAGAACCGACAGUUGCUAAAAUAAAUCUGGCUAACUUACCAGUUGCUAAAAGCUUUUCAACAUUGCGUCGCGUUACGUUUCAGUCGCCAAAAAAAUUCAUUAAAUACGAUAUCGAAAAUGCGACGGGUAAGUCUGCUACAAAUACAAAACCGAAUCAAUUGAAAAAGACCCAACAACAACAAACACAAGGAACACAAAUGCAAUCAAGCGUUUCCAGUAAAGGCAGCGAGGAUUCUGGUGAAUCUAAUGGUACACAACGUCAACGUAAGUCAAUUCUAUCGAUUUUCGGUAUAAAUCGUGCAAACAAAGUGCAAGCUAAACCCGCAGCGCCAGCACAAAUACCAACGCCUAUAAAAUCUUCUCCACUUAAAGAAAAUGCAGAAGUGCUUUCACAAUGUAAAACCUCGGAUCUAACAAAUAUUUGGACAAAAGAAAAUACACGUGCGGCUUUUGAGUUGUGGGCAGCAAUGAAUCGCGAAAAUGGUCAAUCUAUUGCAUCUGCACCACGGCACAAGCUACGCCAAUCUGUAAGAGAACGUUCAACUUUACAGCGGAGUCGUUUACGUCGAUCAAUGAUUGUUUCUUCGGGCACCGUUGGCAUGCCAACUCGCGAACAAAUCCUUGUGUAAAUAAUUCAACACUAUUUACGCGUGUUCCUAGUUCCUACUAGACUGGAAUUAAAAUAUAUAUAAUAUAAUUGUUUUUUAAAAACAUUAUUCGAUCGCAAUACUAUAUAUUCGUAAUACAUUG